GAACCAUCUUCUCCGAUAGGAGAUGUUCCAUCACCUGUACAAGCCUGGGCCUCUCGGGCAAUGGAUUGUAGCCUUCACAGCCUGCCUGUGUUCCUUUACAUGCGGCCAAGCUUUCUCAUGGCCGUCCCCAGCCCUGCCCAAGAUCCGAUCAGGUGCGACUGGAUUCUCAGUGACCGCCGAUCAGGAGUCAUGGAUGCUCACCAUCAUGUUCAUUGGUAACAUCCUCAGCCCUAUCCCAGCCGGGAUGAUCAUGGACAGGAUAGGCAGGAAGAGUUCCCUCCACCUCUUCGUCUUGGUUGCUAUUGUCGCCUGGCUUCUGCCCUACUUCAACCACUCAGUGGAAGGCCUCUACGUCUCUCGGCUGCUGGUCGGGAUAUGGGCCGGCUUCGUAUAUACCCUGGUGCCCAUCCUGAUCGGCGAAGUGGUCGACCCAGCAAUCAGAGGUUCGAUGGGCUCCGUAUUCGGAGUAAUGCUUUACUUGGGAGGGAUGUACGAGAGUCUCAUCGGUCUGUACGCAUCGUACGACAUGCUGACACUGGUAUCUCUAAUACCACCUGUUCUUGUUUUUCUUUUAUUCUCACUUCUACCUGAGACUCCAUAUUUUCAUCUGAUGAAGGGGAAUCGUCGACUCGCCGCCGAAAGCAUGGAAUGGCUCCAGGGAUCCACAAAGGAGGAAGAGUUGGACUUCAUGGAGGAAUGCAUGAAAGAACAGCUUGAGAACCGAGGUUCCUUCCUGGAUCUCUUCCAGGUGAAGGCCAACCGCAAAGCCUUCAUGAUGGCACUGAUCCUGGCUGGAGUACAACGAGCGGCCGGUCUCACGCUCCUCAUGUCGUACGCUUCUGUUACUAUCCCAGACUCUUUCAUUACUGGAGAACAGAGCUUUACAGUGUUGGAUUCUGUUUGGAUUCUUGCUAGUAUCUGUUCCUUCUUCAUCAUGGACCGUUUUAAUCGAAGAACGCUACUUUUCGUUUCCUCCCUAGGAAGCUGCAUCACUAUGAUAUUAAUCUUCGUAUGGUACUUCAUCAGGGACUUCACCGACGUCGAUACUUCGACAACACUCUGGUUACCUCUCAUCGCGUUGAUCAUAAACGGGAUCUUCUACUCAAUCGGUCUAGUCUCAAUUCCCACCCUGGUUCAAGGAGAGCUUUUCCCGGUCAACAUCAAAGGAAAAGCUUCGGCCAUUGCUAGUAUCACCAUGUCCGCCAUGUCAGCAAUUACGACAAAAGCCUAUCAACCACUAACUGACAACGUAGGAGUGUUCGCGAAUUUCGUUAUAUGCGCUACAUCCUGUGCGAUUGGAGCAUUUUUCGCGGCGACAUACAUGACUGAGACAAGAGGUAAAACGUUAGAGGAGAUUCAAGACGUUCUUACCCAGAAGAAGAGGAAAAAGAAGAAGAUCCCUCUUUAAGAACAGUUAUUAUAAAUUAAAUUUAAAAUUAUGUACGAAGGGUUCAGGUUGUCAUACCCAAAAAAGGUCAGUUGAAGUUUAUUUCAAAGCGGAAAAUAAUUAAUACUCAAAGUGACAUACUAAAGUAUUUCUGAGUGUAGUUCUGAAAUUUGGAUAGUACAAACGAAAAUUACAAUAGGAUGACUGUUUGAUUAAAUUAAAUUAAAAAAUUUAAUAAACAAUUUGUAGUUUUAAAUAUUUUAUAAUUUGAAUAUAAACUUGUAGAAGUUCUUAGUUUAAUUAUAUUUACUUAUAAUUAUAUAUUUCUAAGAACUGUCAAAAAUAUAUUAAAUUAAUUUUAGGUAAUGCAGUAAAAUUUUACGUAUAGUAGUCAUUUUAUGUACGUAAAUAUCAUAUCCUAUGUGUAAUGUACAAAAUUAAAUGAAAAUAAUAGUCAUUAGUAAAUAAAAACUUCUAUUGUAUAAUCUUUGUACUUGGAAAGAAUUAAAUAACAUUGAAUAUUGUAAAUAGAUUAUUUUAUUGUAAAUAGUUUAAUUUAUUUAUAUUUUGAUUACUUAUAAAUUAGGUUUUAUGUCAAGAAAGAAUUCAGAGAUAAAAGAAGAUUUUUUUUUGUACUUUUAUUACAACAUAUUAUUAAGUGUACAGUAAUUGAAAAUGAAAGUAGGGUUCCUGUUUUGAUAUUAUUAUUUUAUUUAUAUGAAAUAAUUGAAACUGUUUUUUUUUCAAACAAAUAAAUAUUAAUAUGAUAUUUUAAUUCUUAUUUACAUAACCUACCAUUUGGCUUAUCACGAAUACCAUCACUUAAUACGAAUUACAAAAUUAUGUUAAUUUUAUAAUUAACAAGAGGAGAAGUAAAACAAAUUAAUCUCAUAUGGAGACACCUAGUGUAGCCCAAAUGCG